UCUAACAAUAGCCGCCAUCUUGGAUCUAGAUGGUUGUGGAUCAAAUGGUUCGCAAACUUUGUAGAUGAUCUAAAUCUUUUGUCUAAUUUUGGGGUAUUUCUUUAUUAUAAAAGAGUUCACAAAUGAGUGAUAAAUAUUUCAAGAGGUACACAGAGCGGCAGCGUUCACCUUCCUUUGAGGAGAUAGAUCGCAAAGACCCAGUAGCUUUUACAGAAGCCAGAGAACAGUGGGUGUUAGACCGCCUUGUGGAGUUGGAAACUGUCAAGAUAUACAGGGAACGGGUAGCUGAGUGUUACAAGAAAGAAGAGGUCAAUGCAAGGCAGAACUGUAGAAAAGAAGUGGCAGUUUAUUGGAAAGCAUUUCAAGCUUAUAAGGCAAAAGCAUGGGGCUAUACUCCUGAUGGCAACUGGUCCAAGUGGAAGGUUCCUGUUGAUCAGCUAUGAAAGUGUAUUAUUAUCCUAGUACUUAUCCAAUAUUGUCGUGAUGUGGUUUGUUUCCAUUAUAAUAUUACAAGUUCAGUACAGUCUAGAAAUGCAUUACAGCGAGUAUUGUUUUAAUCUUGUACAGAAGCAUAAUUGUUUAAUAAAUUUAUUCAAAUAAAAUCAACAUAAAAUGAAAA